CUCAGAUUGUAAAAUGAAUUUUAGUUCUACGUUUGAUUUUAGAGAGUUAAGAACGAAUGCGAAGUGAGCAGAAGAAAUAAGUCAUUGAUACAAUUUAAAAGGAUUAUUGUGAGAAAAUGUGGAAAUCACAGAUUUAUAUCCUACUCUCAAUCACAUGUACCACCAUAGCUCUGGCAAAAUCGGCAAAGUUAACCACAACAUAUCCUUCAUAUAAUUUUCGUGAAAUUGUUGGUAUUUUCCCCAGUAUUGAAAAUGAGAGAAUUGAAUCGAGAGCUUCGCCACGACAGCGACCAGGAUUUUCAACAUAUUGGCAAAAUUUUGUACGGAACUUCCGAUUCAAUAUGACUAAUCCCAUAGGUAAUCUGUUCAGUGCACAGACCCAGCAAAUUCUGGAAGCUCCUGUGGGCGUGCACAAAGAUUUGGAACCCAAUCGCAUUAGGCGGACCCGGACACGAACUAGUCGCAAGCCGGUGACCAAGAAAAGUAGCAAAAAAAGACGAAAAACACAUUUACGUAGCCAGCAAACAAGUGGUGGUUAUUACAACCAUUAUGGUAGUAGAAGUGGUUAUCAGCAAUUGCAAUUGUUGCCCUUGGGUAUGGAUGAGGAUAGUGUAAUGCAUUUUUAUGAUCCUCGUUCGGGCAAUUAUUAUGCCCUACAAUUGGUGGGCGGUCCAAGUCAUCAAGAGGAUUACUACAAUAGCCAAGAGACAAAUGACGAUGAUGAUUACUAUGGCAAUGAUGGAGAUGAUGAUGAUGAUAAUUACAGUAGCCAUUAUCAACAUCGAGAUGAGCAACACGACGGCACCUAUGAUGGUUAUAAUGAUCAGGAAUACAAUGAAGAGGGUCAAAGUCUUGGACCUGGCUACGACUACGAUGAUGAUGUACAGGUUGUGGAUAAUUGGGGCUAUAACGAUGAUGAUAUAUUCGGCGAGAGAAAACUUAAGGACAAACCAUUUAAUUUUAAAUUAUUCGGUGGGCAAACAGAGGAAAUUGAACAGCUACCAAGCGACGAUCCACAAAUAGCUCAGUCAAUUGUGACCAUACGUAAAAAUCUACUGAAACAGGAAACCGCAGAUGAUGUCAAGAAAUUGUUAAAAAAGAAUAACCCCAAACCCAUGGAAAGAACACUUGAAAACCCAUCGGAGAAUGCGGACGAAGACGAGAUCGUUGAAAAGAGAAAGAAACUCAAACGUAGACUUAAACCAAAGGCCUCAAGCAGACGUACACCCGAAGAUAUUGAAACUGAAACUGUACGAAAUAUUUUAGGUUCAUUUAUGAAAGAUGAUUCCACAAAUAGGCGAAGGCAAAGUGCUGUGCCGAAAACAACAAAACCUCAGCGAUUAGUGGAACAGCCUAGGCAGCGUGGUUUAUAUAUUAUAUAUCCCCAUUAUUACCGAUAGAAAUAAAGAAUU